AUGUCUUUGGCCAGCCAUGCUUUGGAACCGAGUUCAUCGGCACCACCACUCUCAACUCAUCGGAUUGACAAGUUUCAACUCUCUGCCGCCCCAUGGGGAACUGCAAUCGGCAAGAUAACACUCCAACGCCCUCUAUGGACCGACAUGUGGCCGUUGCCCAAUCAAGCAAAUAUUGUAGAUGGCAAAUCAACAACGGCAGCAUCCAACGACAACAUCAAUCGGCUGUUCGCACAAGCUCCCUCAACAUCCGAUGCUCGGCAACAAAUCAAUUCUGCUCCCGACCCGCUUCGACAAGAUGGUUUCAACUUCCAUGAGCUCAAUCUUUGCAGCGUUGCUGGCCCAAUCAUUGGAAUCUGUCACUCACUCCGUCAUCACCGACAACAACAAUACGCGUGGCUACAAUGCGCAAAUGACAACAACGACAAGGACAGCGACAGCGACGCCAGCACCAUCAACAACAGCAACAUUCUUGAUCACUCUUCAGCAACAUAUCGACAAUGGACUGGCAAAAUACUCGACAUCGCCUGUUAA